CCCUGGACAGAGACCAAGAAGUUCUUGAUGUUUUUGAAAAUAUUGAGGUAAAGUGGAGGAUGGUAAUUAGAGAAAACUCUGAAGUUAGAAAUUACACCUUAGUAGCACGACUAAGAUCCUACGAGCUGGUUUUUCACAGGAAACACAGAGGAGGUCCUGAGCUCUUACCUGCCGUUCAUUUUACAGCAGGCGAAGGCCAUUCAAGAGGAAAACAAGGUAAGACAGCUCAACAGUCUUGGAGGUUUAUCUUGGUUAACAUCAACCAAAAUAGAUCAUCCAAUGACCUUUGAGACCAUUGCAAUGGAUGAGAAGCUCAAGGAAGAAAUAAUUGCUGACCUGAACACCUUCGUGAAGUCAAAGGAAUAUUACAGAAAAAUCGGGAAAGCUCGGAAACGUGGAUACCUGAUACACGGUCCUCCUCGAACAGGAAAGUCGAGCUUGAUCGCUGCCAUGGCUAAUCACUUGAACUACAAUAUCCAUGACUUGGAUCUACAGGAACAUAAUUUCCUUACAAGUUAUGAUAUUAGGUCCGUGUUGCUUCACUAUUUAGACAAAACUAUACUUGUCAUCAAGGAUAUUGAUUCCACUGUCACAGUAUCAUACCGGAGGCGGAGAUUUGAGCCAAGGAAAGUGGUUGAGGUUCAAAAACAGGCUAUGCUCUUAAGGCUACUGCAGUUUAUUGAUGGACUGUGGCUGCCUCGCAUCAAUGAACUCAUCAUUGUUGUCACAACUAGCAAGAAAGAGAUGCUCGACCCAGAUUUGCUAGUUCCUGGUCGCAUGGACAUGCAUGUUCACAUGCCAUACUGUACCCUUCCUGCAUUCAAGCAAUUAGCAGGCAGAUAUUUCUGUUUCUAUGACUUGAAGCUCUUAAAAGAGAUUCAGGGGAUUCUAGAGACGGUUGAAGUCACCCAUGCAGAAAUUGUACGAGAGCUAACGGAGAGCCCUGACUCCUACCAGGGCGUUGCCCAAUUCCUCCGUGAGAAGAAACUGGAGAAAGAUGAGAAACUAAGGUUGCAGAGAAAUAAGAGAGGAGAGGAAGACCAUCGAGAGGAGAGGUUCUUAUAGCCUAUAGAUUUUGAUUUUAGAUCGUAUAUAAGAUUAUGAGGAUCAUUUCCAGGAAAUCAAAACGACAGUACAACAUCGUUAAUUUUGAAGUUGGGUCAAAUUGUAUGGGGGGAAAGCCGAAUUAACAGUUGAAAAAUAAUUGGAUCCAAGAAAUUUGAAAAAGCAGCAAAAAUCGUUGGCUACCAAUAUCACAACCCAACAAAUAUUUCUGCUAAUACAUAGUUGACUGAAACAGGGAUCAACACCAACUGAGAUAAGGUACUACAAAAAUCCUCUUGAAAUAAAGCAAUAG